UUGUCAUGUUUCGCAUUACUCUGACGCUGUGCUAGGUCCACACUACCGGUAUGGCGAUGUGUUCGGUGCCGCCUGUGCAUCAGGACCUCUACAACGACAUGAGGGCACAGUUUCCGGAGCUCCCGGACGCUGUGAUUCAGUCGUAUGUCCAGCUUUAUCCCCGUAACAGAGCAGAGUGCAUUGAACACCUCACUCGAGCCAGCCAGGACCAGCUUUACAGCCAGUUUGACUCGGAGGAGCUCUCCAUAAAUCGGGAAGGAGCGCGCCCGCCGACAUCGCGGCUGUUCGAGCCCCUUGAGCCUCCAUUCCCGGUGGAUCGGGACCUGCCACCUCCGUACCCCGGUGUUCUGACACCCGUCACGCCAACCACACCGACCACACCGCACUCGCCGCACUCGCUGCACUCGCCGUCACCCGGUCUGCAGCAGCAUCAUCGUUCUCCUCAGGCAACCCGCCAGACGCCGCCUACCCACCAGACGCCGCCCCACUUCCCACCUCCUCGACCGGAUCAGCCUCCAGCACGCAUGGACUACAGGUCGCAGUUCCCCGCAGGUAUGUCUGCAACGUCGCUGUACGGACCUGCCUGGCCACAGCCCGGUGCCAUGGACUCUCCCAUGACUCGGCUUCACCACUCUCCUCCCGUUCUUGAUGACAUGAUCCAAGCUCUCCUCACCCACCAGCGCCAAAGGUUCGAGCUGCUGCAGCGAAUGUACGCCCAGCAGAUGCAGCUCCUCCAACAGCUGCGGACAGAGGUGGAAUCCAAAGAGGCCAGUCUGAUGAGCAAGCAACUGGCUGACGUCACCCCGUCGCAGAUGGAGGAGCUCAAGACCCUGCGGAGGAGGAACCGGACAUUGAACGUAGAGUGCCACUGCCUACUGAGCGAGGUGGACCUGUAUGCACGUGGGGAGGUGCCUGUAGGGGCCACCGACGAGCUUUACCAGAGGCUAAACCCGGGCCAGGCGGUGCCUCACCCAGUGCCUCACCCAGUGCCGCCCCCUUCUUACAGACCUAUCCUGUCACCACCUCGGGUGUUCCAGUCUAACACACCGUCGCCACGACCAAACAGCAUUCUCUCGGAGGAUGAAGAGAACCAAGAGGACAACCGGUGGAAGUGCUCAAAGUGCACAUUUCUCAAUCACCCGGCCCUGGAGGCCUGUGAGCUGUGCGAGAUGCCCAAGGCGCCCUCGUCAGAUGUGUGACCGGUAAAGCCCCCACCACAAGUAUUCAUUGCCAGGAGACAGCAGACACCCAGGGUGUUAACACAAAUUACAACACCUUGCUUCUUGUCACUGGUGGCACGCAGCGUGCAGAAAAACAUUGUACAGUUGAACUGUUGAGCUUUUUGUACAUACUGUUUAAACAUGCCAGUGGCGUUUUGACGAAAGAUGAUCCCGUGAAGCUUAAGUUAUAAAGUCGAAGAAGGUAACUGUGAGGUUCGUGCAUUCCAUUCGUUUGUAGUGACAUGAUUCCCUGUUCUUGAUGUAAUGUAUUUGUCUUUGUUGCACGUGUGUGACAAAUAAACGUUGCUGCAU